AUGCAGCAUCUAUCGACCACAAAAUACGCAAAGGAAGAAACUGCCGCCCGCAAUGAAACCCCGGAUUUAUGGAUACGUCACAGUCAAGAGUUACCUCUUUACUCAGUUGAUACAACUUUGCCACACACUCAACAGGAAUUGUCCAUUUCACCAAAGACAGAUUUGUCAACAAUAUGUGAAGUUCUGCAGACAUAUGUACCCCAAUCCCCUAGAGAGCUCCAACUUGUGAAAGGAGAAUUUCUUAAGAUUGUCGAAAAGGACCCGAAAGGGUGGUGCCGAGGGGUUAUAGGGUCCCAUAUCGGCUGGUUUCCAGGCAGUUUCGUCAAAGAGAUUAGAACAGCGUCUUUGAUUGAAGCUUCUGAUGAUGAAAUGGACGAAGAAGAGACGACGCCUCCGGAGCGCCUUAAACCGAGAGUCAGUUCGUUUAUGAUCAAAAAGCGGGUGCUGAAGCCGGAAGAGAAUGGGCAGAUACCAAAUGAUGAGGAGUCUAAAAUAUUAUCCAGAUCUCACUCUGAGGUAAGUUCAACCUAUCUAUCUAUCUAUCUAUCUAUCUAUCUCUCUAUUCAUAUCUAUCUAUCUAUCUAUCUAUCUAUCUAUCUAUCUAUCUAUCUAUCUAUCUCUAUUCAUAUCUAUCUCUCUAUCCAUCUUACCAUAUUCAUAUCUAUCUAUCUAUCUAAAUACGACUACAGAAAGAUAAAAUUGAACGCAUUUUUUCUUUUAGCAUUCGGCGAUAUAAUUUCUUUGCCAAGGUCAAGGGCUUCGACGGCAGGCAGUUCGAUUUACGAUGAUCCUGAUUAUGUGCGUUUUCAGCAGCGGUCUCCGGCAUGUCGACUAAGUAUUCCUGAUCGAUUCCGAAAUGGCAGUAUCGAUUUUCGCCUGGGACACCCGCUGUUAAACAACACAUCAGACAAUCCUUAUCCGAUUCAAAGACGUAUGGGUCCCCGACGAUCAGAACCCAUAUCUUUACUGUUGCAAGUACCGCCCUCAGUUAGAACAAAUCCACCUCGUCCUACGCGACCGGCGCCUCCACCACCACCAAGUCGUAAAUCGGCAGUUAUUACAUCAACUGUAGCGCCAUCUAUAGCUACAUCAUCACCUGUGGAGACAACAGCUGGGGAAAAUGUUGCAACAUCAUCUACACCAGUAACAACUUCUGAGGCGGGAAUAACUUCGACGACGACGGCGGCUGCAACAAUACCGACGUCUGUGACUCAGAACUCGCAGGCUCCAGCUCAAUUGCAAGUUUCAGAUCCUGUACCCGCGUCUAUCUCGAUAUCUGCGCCAAUUCCUAUACAGAUCCCGGUUACAACUCAGAACUUGAUUCCGGUUAAAACUCUGGAACCAGAGGAGACACAGGCUGAAGAACAAAUACUCGAGCCAACGCCAGUUCAGGAGCAAAACCCAGUUUCAUCGUCUGCUCAAGACCAGAUCACACCUCCAGGUUCGAUGCAGACCCCAUCUUCGAGCCAGUCCUCUGUCGCAGUCUCGAAUCCACUCCAAGACCAAACGUUGGAUACAGUUUCCAAUGAAACACCUGUCUCGGUCGAAAACCUGACUCCUGCUCAAAGCCCAGUCCUUCCUCAAGCCCCAGCAGAGCUUCAGCCUGUGCCACAAGCACAGGUUUUAUUAAAACAUCCCCAGCAUCUAGUGCCAGACUCAGAGAGACGAGCCGAACAGUCUGCAGCAGAAUCCUCAGAUGUAAAACAGAAAACACCACCACCAACUCAACCAAAACCCACUAUACCGCCGGCAGUCCAACCAAAACCUGUGUUAAAGCCCCAGUCCUUAUCCCAAACUCAACUUCAACCCCAGUUAGUAAACCAACCAGACCCCGAAUUACAACACACGCAAGAAGUUCAGGAAUGA